AUGUGGCCCAACCCGGAGCGGGGAGGGAGGGCAUGGGCCUGCGAACGAACUGGGCCGAAGACCGACGGCGCCCCCUGUUUGUGUGGAGGCCGAGGGGCAGUCGCCCGGCUGGCGCGCGUCUUGACUGGAAUGGGCGAUUCCUGGAACCCCGCGACCCUCGGAUCUUGGACGUUUUGUGCGGUCUGUCUCUUCUCACAGCCCCGCCAGAAACGGCUGCCAAAGAGUAAAAAUGGCCCAAGUGCAUUGGAAAUUACCAGAAAGAACCUAGAGGUAGAAAGUAGCCCUCAGCAAGUGUUGAUGCUGGAGAUCAACCAGGGUCGCCAGAAGUGCCUGAAGAGGCGGAAGAGUGCCCCGUAG